ACGCCACCAACGGAAUGUCCUGCCAAUGAUCCAAAUUGUGCAAAGACGCCACCAACGGAAUGUCCUGCCAAUGAUCCAAAUUGUGCAAAAACGCCAACGGAAUGUCCUGACAAUGAUCCAAAUUGCACAUCAAAAAAAUGUGAUCCAGCAACAGAUCCGAAUUGCGGACCAACUCUACAAUGUGAUCCAACCAAAGAUCCAUUGACAUGUAAACCACCACCACCACCAAAAUGUGAUGCCUCACCAGCGGAAUGUGCAGGCAAAACUCCAACAUUUACUAUUCCGGACGAAACAAUAACUCCUCCUCCAAUGGAUCAUAAGAAAGGGGAGAAACCUACUCCGAUUAAUUUGAUCAUUCCUCCAUCCACGGUGGUAGUAGUUAAAAAAGUAACCAAGCCCGCAGCAAUUGACCAAUCAGAAGUUCCAGAUAUUGGAAACGUAUUAUUAGAAAGUCAAGCAAUAUAUAUGGAUGAUUUUGAAUCUGUUACGACACAUAGCGUUUGGAAGCAGGUUGUUCCAACAGGUCAUGAAUUUAAACUUCAUUUGUGUCCGCACGAAGAAGAAUUAAAGGAACAUGUACGCGUCGACUUACAUAUAAAAUUCCCAAAAACCUACCCUCGUGUAUCUCCAGAAAUUAAAAUUGAAAACGCUCAAGGACUUUCAACAACAAAAUUAAAACAACUUCAAGUUGAAGUCAAUAAAAAGUCGAAGGAAAAUGUUGGUCAAGAAGUUGUUUUUACGAUAGCGGAGUUUGUAAAAGAAUUUAUUACAGUGAAUAAUAAUGGCAUACCGAGGAUAAUUAAGCAACCGUCUUUUCAUGCACAAAUGUUGAGUAGAAAUGAACAAAUGUCAAAGGUUCAACACGAAAAGGAAAAGGAAGAAAUUAUUAAAGCUAAACAAAUAAAAGAGCAAGAGAAAAUAAAUGAAAAUUUGACUUUAUUACAAAAGAUUGAAGAAGAAACUCAAAGGCAAUUGGCAAAGAAGGAGGAAGAGAGACAAAAGAGAAAACAAUUGAGAUUUAAAAAUAGUCAGGAUUUAAAGAUGGGCAUUGAUUAUAAUUCAAUGCAGUUUACUAUUGUUGAUUUUGAUUCAUUGAUCAUGUUGAAUCCUGAUGAUUCUCAGUGUGUACCUUUUAAAUCUGUAAUGCUUGGUCCGUCUAUUGGGAAAGGGCCAAUCGGUGUAACAUAUAUGGUCCAGGCUACGAAUUUUCAAACCAAAGGAUCAUCAACAUCCACUUUGAGGCAUGUUUUAGUCCUUAAAGAUAUUAUAAUAACAGAAUCGCAUUAUUUAGAUCUGGAUGGCAAGAACAAGCUUGAGGAAAUUGAAAAGGAUCUUGAUCGGUUGAAAAGGUUACGUCAUCCAAAUAUAGUUAUUAUUUACGAAUCCGAGCUUAAAAGGUGUCCACAGACCGGAUGGAAUUUAUAUAUCCUCAUGGAAUAUGCAAGAGGUGGAACUCUUGUCGAUUUAUUGAAAAAAUGUGGAGUUGUGAGAUUAUCGUUGGCAAGAGAAUAUAUGAAGCAAUUAUUGACAGCCUUGGAGCAUAUACAUAACAACAAUUUUAUACAUAAAGAUAUCAAGGCUUCUAAUGUAUUGUUUGUAGAAGUUCCCGGAACAGACGAUUUCAUUGCCAAAUUAUCUGAUAUCAAUUAUCACAGGAAAUUGUUAGAUAUGCACAAUAAUUAUCCAUUCACUCAAAAUUCAUACUCGGAAGAAAUGAAUAGAUGGCUUUCUCCUGAACAAGAAUCAAGAUCAGAAGUUUAUUCUAGAAAAAAUGACAUUUGGUACAUGGGUGUAAUCUUCGUACAAAUGUUAUUUGGAUUAAAAGUGACUCUAGAUUAUGAUUCUUUGGACAAUCUCCUUAGUUCUUCUAAACAUGAAAUACCGAAUUCUGUAAAGGAUAUUCUCAAAAGCAUGCUUCAAAUAGACCAAAAAAAAAGACCAACUCCGCUAGAAUUACUGAAUAAUUCUUUCUUUAAUGAGGGGAUCCCUUUUUCCUUAAAAUUUAUGAUGUCACAAGGUCAGCAAAGUUCUGCAUGUGCACUUAGAGAAAAUUAUAAUGAAUUAGUCAAUGACCAUUUAUCCCAUUAUGCCAUAUCACCACCUACAUCGAUUCCAAACUCUCAGCCUUUUUCGUUUUCAAGAUAUAAACUUGAUUUCGAAGAGCUUGCCUUUCUUGGCAAGGGUACGUUUUAUGAAGUAAAAAAUUUUCUUUUAGGCGGAUUUGGUGAAGUUGUUAAAGCUAGGAAUAAAUUAGAUGGAAGAUUUUAUGCGAUCAAAAAAGUGUGCCUUAAUCCGAAUGAUAUCGAGAAAACGAAAAAGAUUUUGAGAGAAGUUACAACAUUAUCACGUUUACACCAUCAAUAUGUUGUUAGAUAUUAUACGACAUGUUGGAAUGAUACCGAAUCAUUUAGCGAAGAAAUCUCGGCAAUAAACGAUGAAGAAUCAGAAUCACUUUCUUCUAAUGCAAUAGAUUUUCAGGAUUUGGAUGAAUUUGAUUUGAUGUUGGAAGCAUCUUCCAAUCGUGGAUAUUCACAAAUACACUUUGAAUCUGAUAGUGAUGAUGAAUUUGAAUUACAAAAUGGUGAUUUGACAAAAGGGGGAUUUGGUGUUAGAAAUAGAACUCCUGGACCUGGAAAAAAGAAUAAUUCAAAAGAAGCGAAAACAAGAAUUCUUUAUAUACAAAUGGAAUAUUGUGAGAAUAAAACGUUGAAAGAUAUCAUUGAUUCGGGAAUGAGUGAAGAUGAGGGAUGGAGCAAUAUUUUCUUGGAUGCUAAUGGGGAUGUCAAAAUUGGUGACUUUGGAUUGGCAACGACAAACAAUGCUCUAUUUGACCCUGGUUCAUUUAGAAAUGUGGAAAGAAUGGGCGGAAGCAAUGAAGAUUCUAUGACCGGAGGCAUCGGUACAACUUUAUACGUCGCUCCGGAGGUCACCAGUAGCGCGGUAUUUGGUACUCGUUAUAGCUAUAAAGGAAUAAUAUUUUUCGAAAUAAGUUUCAAGUUUUCUACAGAGAUGGAACGACGUGUGACAAUAAUGAAUCUACGCAAGCCAGAGACAAUUUUUCCAAAAGAAUUUACAAAUCAAAAUAAAAUCAAACUGAUUCAAUGGUGUUUACAACACGAUGCUAAAGUUCGUCCUUCAAGUUUAGACAUAUUGAAAAGUGAAUUGCUGCCACCAAAAAUUGAAGAUGAACAUCUGCAAGAUUCGAAUCCAAAUACACCGUAUUAUCGAACUUUGAUGUCGAUUUUAUUUUCUCAGUCACUCGAUAAAUCAAAAGAUUAUACCUAUGAUUUUAAUUCGGGAAAUAAUAACUUUGACCAAUUAAAUGCAUUAACAUAUGUCAGAGUUCGCGAUCAUAUGGUUAGAAUAUUUCGACACCACGGUGCUGUAGAGCUGAAUACACCGUUAUUAAUGCCAAAAUACGAUUUUUACGAAGAAGAUAAGAAAGCUGUUUACUUAAUUGAUACUGAUGGUGGUCUUGUACAGUUACCCUAUGAUCUAACUGUUCCAUUUACGAGAUAUAUUUCGAGAAAUAACAUAAUGGAUCUAAAAAGAUAUACGUUUGAUCGUGUUUACAGAGAGAAUACAGUUGGAGGGCAACCACGUAUAAUAAGUGAAGUUGACUUUGAUAUUGUUCAUAGUACACCCGCACCUAUGGUAGCUGAAGCGGAGAUUUUUAAGAUUGUGGAUGAAAUUCUUCUGGAAUUUCCUCCAAUAAAAUCAGUAAAUUAUGUAUUUUAUGUAAAUCAUACAAAUAUAUUGGAGACAAUAUUUAAAUGUUGUAGAAUUCCUGAAGACAUAAAAAAGGGAGUUUGUGGACUUCUUGGACAAUUAGAUAAGAAGUGCACUUUAUCACUUAUUCGAGCUCAAUUAAUGAAUAAGUAUCAUUUAUCCAAAAUGGUAUUGGAUGAAUUAGCAUUAUUUGAUUUUAGAGGUGACUUUGAAUUUGUAUCGAAUUCUCUGGAGAAACUUAUGCCGUCUUCCUCUAUGAAAUCGCGGAUAAGAGAAGUUUUUAAUGAAUUUAAAUUGCUGUUAGAUUAUGCAAAAUCUCUUGGCGUUAAUCAUGAAAUAAUAUUUGUUCCAUUACUAGUGUAUAAUAAUUAUUAUUACAAGAAUGGAAUAAUCUUUCAAGUUGUAGAUGAUAAUAAUCGUAGAGAUGUUUUGGCUGCAGGAGGAAGGUACGAUUGGUUAAUACAACAAUUUCGACAUCCUGUUAUCUUAAGUGGAAAAGGAAGAGGUAGACAACCGAUUUAUGGAGUUGGAGUUAAUAUUGCUAUGCAAAAAAUUGUUCUUUCAUUGGAAAAUUAUCAAUCAGCAAUAUUAAAAAUGAUUCUAUCAAAGAAGAUUGAAGAUGAUAAAAGCUUUUGGACCCCUAAAACGUGUGAUGUGUACGUAGCAAGCUUUGGUAAAAUAUUGUUACAAGAAAGAUUGGACCUUGUAAGAGAAUUAUGGGCCCAUAAUAUCAAAGCUGAUUUUAUGUACGAGGAACUAACAGAUCUUACGCCCGAAAAUUUGACGAUCAAAUGCAAACAUCAAGGAAUCAAUUGGAUUGUUAUAAUGAAACACAAAAGUCAAGAUUCUUAUACAGCUGGUGCUUCAAGGGAUGCUUUAAUCACUGUAAAGAUAAAAAAUUUAAUUAAAAAGACUGAAGAUGAAGGCAAUGAAAUAUGUGUGAAGUUAAGUGCCGAAAUAACGGAACUUUUGAGAGCAGACUUAAAGUAUAAUAGAUAUUCUUCAGUUAAUCAAGUAGAUCAUUUAUCACCUCACGAUUAUGCAAACACAAAUCUUUCAACUUCACCGGAAGCUUCAAGUCACCAAACGAAUUUAUCAAUAAGUGUUGUUGGGCCUCUGACUACGCCAAAAAAUAGUAAAAAAAUGAAAUUUAAACAGAAAAAGUUACUUAUAGACAAAGCAAAUGAUAAUAUAUCAAGCAUUAUAGAACAAAUUAAAGGCGGACACGUACCAGUUUUGGCUGUAGAUCUAAGCAAAGAUUUACUAAGGAAAAUGUCAGAUUGUAAUGUAUUAGAGGAUGAAUCAUUCAAGAAUAAAAUAUUGGAUAUUGCGCCACUUCAUCAAAAAGAAUACGUUCUUGAAGUUCAAGAUACAUUAAAAAAACAACGCAAUCAAGAAGGGCAUAAGCAUGUUUGGUUACAUUCACACAGGGAUGACUUUGGAAUACUAACUAUAAAAAUUCGAAUUAACCCGUAUUUUACCUGCUCUCGAGAGCCUCAAAGAAGGCUUGGAACACCGCUUUCAACUUUCAUAUUUAAUGAUAAACGACAACAUAUUCUUAACCUUUUACAAAAAAAGAACGAUGACCCAUAUAAUAAGCAACUUCUUGUACAGUUUAUAAAAGAAGGUGUAAAUUAUUUCCUUGACAUGAAUAUAGAAGAAAAUCAACAACACUUUUUAUGUAGUCAUAAAUACGUCAAUAUUGUUAUAGAAUUAUUUCCUGCUUUAGUUGUCGAAGAAAAGAAUUUCAUUAUAUUCCGAAAUCUUUUGGAAAGUCACCUUAUAAAGUGUUUUGAUUGUGUUGAAGCAAUUUAUAUUGGCACUAAAGAAUUAUAUCAACGCUAUAAAACAACAUACGUAACGGAUUCAGAAAUUAAGAAUACAGAAAUUUUCUUUGAAAGCCUUAGAAAAUGGCAAGUAAAACGAAUCAAGGCAUCAUUAACCAAGGUUGCAAAUUUCAAAGGAAAAGUUAAUAUCAAUACAAAUGGAAACUCAUCUUCAUCAUCUUACGAAAAUUAUUUACCUAUUAUUUUUGAAUUGCUUUUGAAUUUCAAGUAUUUUCAAAGUUCCAAUAUCAAUGAACUUUUUAUUAGUAUUUUGACGUCUCUACAACAACAGGGAUAUUUUGUUAAACUAACGUAUAGAUAUCUACCUGGAUUACUGUUAUGUGCUUUACAUGAGAAUCAAGAAGUUAGACAAUGGGCUUGGACAUCAUUUCAAACUAUUAAUUAUGAGCUAAGAGUUAAAGAAUUCAAGUUUUAUGAAUUCGAUGUCGUCAUGAACGGAGCUUUACAAAAACUUAUCAAUUUUGAGUAUAAGCAAGGCUCGAAGUAUCCUUUUACCAAAAACAUUGUAGAAUUAUGGAAGGGAUUUAGAAGGAUUCUUUCCCGUUUGGAGAACGAAAUUUUAUACGACGAUUCUUGCUUAAAGUAUAACGUCAAAGAAAUUUUUUAUUCUCAUUGGAAAAAUUGUACUUAUAAUCAAGGACCCUUGUUGAUUGAAUUAUUAAAAGCUCUAGAUAUUCUUUUAAAGAAAUUAGGUCAAGAUUUUUGGACGAAUCAUGGGCAUUGGAAAAUUAAAAUCCUUGAUGUAUUUGAAUCUUCUAAUUUUCAAGUUCUCACGAUUACACAUUCAAAGAAAAAGUUUUUAUUAGCCUGGAUUCAACCUUUCAUUAUUUCGGUUAUAUCUUCAAACAAUUUUAUAACAAUUUUGGAAAAGGUAUUGGAUAUCCUUAUGAAAGAAUCUCAAAAAUCAAAUUGCGAUGAUGGUUAUAGGAUCGUCUGUUAUGAUACUAUUUUAAUGAUAGUUCUUCAAACAUUAUCAAAGAAUGGUUUUACACAUUAUAAAUUUUAUCGAAAUUAUUCUUCAAGGAGUUCAAAAUUUAGAACAUUAUUUGACAACAUUAUGAUGAUAUUUUCAUAUGAGGAUAUUACUAAAAACAUGCGUAGAUUGGGAAUGACUGGAAUGAAAGAAACUUUACUUAAUAAACUCAAAGAAGAUCGGAGGAGAAGAAAUGUGAAACAUCCAAAGAGACAAGUACGAAUGAUCGAAACCCCUGAAAAUAAAACGAAGGAACAUUGGAUGGCACGUUUUCAAAGACAAAAAGACAAUGAAGCUCGAUUAACGCCAAAUUUGAAUCCUCUUUAUAAGAAAAUAUUAUCAUUUGAAUUCACCAUAAGCAGUGAUAUUCCGCCGGACACUUAUCUACAAGAAUAUGAAACAAUUCCAACCACGUUUUCAUCAGCAAGACAUUAUGUUCAAAUAUUUGAACCGCUUCUAAACUUGGAAUGCUGGCAUCUUUGUAACUCAAAAAGAAAAUUGAAUGACCAUGCUAAGGUUGUCAUUUUCGUGAAUGAUAUUUGUAUGGUUGACGAUUUCAUAGAUGUAUCAUUUCAUUGUGAAGAGCAUGAUUUGAAUCGUUUAUCUGAAAACGAUUUGUUAUAUAUUUGUUAUGAACCUUCAGAGAAAGAUUCUGUACGAUAUAAUAUCCCACUUAUUCACAGCAUAGCUAUAAUCAAAAACCAAAAGUUUUUAUUGUAUUUAAAUGAAUCUUCUCAUAACGUUCGACGCUUUUUAUUUAAAGGUAGUAAAUGGAUAGCACAUCGGAUUAUGAGCUUAACGUCUAUUAUUCGAGAAUAUGCUGCCUUAAUUGCCAUGCAGAAAUUUUCAUUGAAGGGUCAAAUUCUUUCACCAAGAGUUUCUAUCGUAUCACCAUCCGCUCAAAAAAUCGAAUUUUACAAGAAUGACUAUCAUAUUGAUGAUUACCAAGCAGAAAUCAUUGGCAAUAUUCUAGAAAAUGAUUGUGGAUUUUCAUUAAUUCAAGGUCCACCAGGAUCUGGUAAAACGGAAAUAAUUAUUAGUUUAAUUUCUGCUUUGAGAGAUAGUUCGAAUUUUCAAGGAAAAAUUCUUGUUUGUGCGCCUAGUGAUUCGGUUAUAAAUAUCUUAUUGAAGAAAUUCAAAGUUGGAACAGGGAAUGAUAUCAGGAUUAACUUUAUUUGCUUGGGAGAUUCGGAUCCUAAUCUAAAUGUCUCUUUGGAUUUUUGGGCUGAAAAAAUGAUGUUUGAUAUUAAAGGAAAUUGCAGAAGAGACAUAAUGCAUUAUAGAAGAAAAGUGUUAGAAAGGACGGAUGUAAUAUGCUCCACAUUGAUUGAAAGCGGGAAUGAAAUCCUUUCAACUACGGAUAUUUAUUUUGACACGAUCAUAAUUGACGAUGCAACUCAAGCAACCGAGUUGAGUUCGUUAAUACCUCUAAAAUAUAAUCCAAGGCGGGUUAUAUUGCUCGGAGACCCACAUCAGUUACCGGCAAUAAUCUCAUCAAAAUUAGUAAAGCGAUUUUCUUAUGACCAGAGUUUAUUUACUCGUAUACAGAAGAAUUGUCCGUCAUCUACAAAUUUGUUUACUAUUCAAUAUAGGAUGCACCCGGAAAUAAGCAAGUUUCCCAAUCAGUUCUUUUAUGAUUCACUUAUUAAAGAUGCUGAUGGUUUAUUACAAAAACGAAAUCAACCAUGGCAUCAGAGUCAACUUUUUUCUCCUUACAGAUUUUUCGAUGUUAAUGAAAUAAUAAAUGAAACCGAUUUGACAUAUGACAAUGCUGAAGCAAAGAUUAUCGCCAAAGCAUGUAAACGACUGAUAAAAGACUUUCAUCAAGUGGAUUUUGAAGGUCGAAUCGGAAUAAUCGUUUCUGAUAAAAAACAAAAGUUCAAUAUUUUAAAAGAGUUUACUAAAGAUACCUUUAUCGAGCUUGAAAUCGAUACAUUAGAUACAUUUCAAGGACGAGAGAAAGAUAUUAUAAUAUUAUCAUGUUUUUGUCUUUGCAAAGGAUUGAAUGUUGCACUUACACGUGCAAGAUGUUCUUUAUGGAUAUUUGGCUUCUCAAAUACUCUUGUGCAAAAUGAUUCCUGGAAAUCAUUGAUUAAGGACGCUAAGGAUCGUGGAUGUUAUACAGAGGCGACUGAAGAAAUAUUUUCUGUGUUAGAAGAAAAUGAUGAUGCAUCUGAAGAAAUCUCUCUUUCGAUAGAUGAAGAUGCGUAUGAAGAUAUGUUUAUCGAGUUACAAGACGAUGAUAAUAUGUCAUCUAUUCUAGAAGAUUCAGAAAAGAUAGUUGAGUUAGAAGAAAAUAUGGAAAAUGAUGAACCAAAUGAUCGAUUAAUGUUACCAUCUGGUGUUUAUGUUCGACUCAACGAUUCGGUUCCGAUAGGUGAUAAUUCUCAAUAUUUCUCACAUCUACCUUACCGUAAUCAUAAUGAUUGGCAACCACCAGUCUAUCAUCAGACACAUUCCCAGAUCAACGAUAAUUAUAGAAAUCAUUAUCAAAAACCAUAUAAUUAUCGAAAUCAUUUUCCAAUUGAUGAUAAUCAUCGUCAACGAUUAAAUAAUGCUAGUCGAAAUAAAUAUCCAAGAGAUUGGAGAACUGAGCGUGAAUUGACAGAAAGAAGAUCACGUUCUCCAAUAAAAAACGAUGUCCAAAUUAACGAAAGAGGUCGUUCAUCAUCACCAGAAGAAGGUCCAAGUCGACAUAGAAGAUUUCAUAAUGAAAGAAAUUAUAAUCGUACGUAA